AAAAAAAAAAAAAAAAAAAGAAUAAACAAAUCUUGAGACCUUUUAAGGAAGAGUGCAGUUUUGUAAUCUCUGCCAAUUGAAGCACACAUUCAGUGGAAGAAGAUGAACGACCGAUUGGGAAGCCAAGCCUUCGGAGCUUCUACUUGAGAUUCUGAGCUCCAACAAAUUCAAGCAAGCGAAAGAGGAAAAAAGAAAUGGGUCUGCUUCUGAAGCCACUCCAAGAAACUCUGUGUUUUAGCAAAUUUAGUAGAAACGACUGUUGGCCCAAGUUUCAGCUCAACAAACCGUGUUGGUUAAUUGGAGAGUGUGCCUAUCUUCUGAAACGACACAAUAUAAAGUCAUCCUUGCGAGGCAAUUGGGAGGCAGUCAAUCACGUUGAGAGCUCACUUAAACAUAAGGACUCUGAUGUCUUUCCAGACGUACAAGCUCUUAGAAAAUUUCCCAAGGAGGAGCUCCAUGCAAAAGUUGUCUUGGUCAGGUUUGAUUCUACCAUUUUGCUUUCCAAAGGUGCUGAUCAAAAUGUUCAGUUAGCCUCCAAUGCUUUCUUCACCAUUAAGUACUUACUAGAAGCUGGAGCUAAAGUAAUUCUAGUGAGUGAAUGGUCUGUAAAAAAUAAUUUGAAACUCUUUGCUGCAGAGCCUGUCGCAGAUUUCUUGUCAUCUGUUCUUCACCAUAAAGUUGUUCCUGUACGAUGCAUUUCCUCUGAAAUGCUUUCAAAUAUGGAAAGCAUGGAGAAAGCAGAUAUUUUUCUUCUUGAUAAUCUUUCAGAGUUCAAAGAGGAAGUUGCUAAUUGUGCAAAAUUUUCUGAAUCAUUGGCAUCUGGAGUUGAUAUCUUUGUUAAUGACUCCUUUUCCCAGUCUCAUAAAAUUCUUGCAUCCACUGUUGGUGUUACUCGCUUCUGCUAUGCUAGUUUAGCUGGAUUUCAUUUCGAGCAUAGCCUAUGUCAACUCAAAAAGGCCACAAAAAAUGAAAACAAACCUUAUGUGGCAAUUAUUGGAGGAGGUAAACUCCUUGAUAAAGCAACUGCCUUGCAUUUUUUGGCUUCCAGAUGUGAUGGAUUAGUGUUUGUUGGAAUGAUGUCUUUUCAAAUAAUGAAGGCUUUAGGGCUAUCUGUUCCUUUGAAUUUGGUUGAACAUGGGGCACUUAAGGAAGCUUUAAAUAUAGUCCAGUUUGCACAAGGUCGAAAUGUACAAAUUCUAUAUCCGAAGGACUUUUGGUGCAAGAAUGAUCGUUUUCCAAGGCAAUUUGAGAUUUUCCCUGCUCAUGGUAUUUUGGAUGGGUGGGUGCCUGUUGAUAUUGGACCCGUAUCUUUGGGUGAAAUCAACUCCUUGCUUACAAAAUGCAAGAAAAUUAUAUGGAUUGGUCCAGUGAAAUUCCACAAGGCUGGCUGCACCAGUGGAGCAUCUAAACUGGCUCAAAUGCUUGAUCAACUAAGUCGGAGCAACUGUGACAUAACUGUCAUUGGGAAUAUGGCAUGUGAAGCAAUGAUGAAGGAAUCUAGUUCAAACUCUGUUUUUAAUAUGGUUUUCAAUGCUUCAGUUGUGUGGGAGUAUUUCAAAAGAAGAAAACUUCCAGGAGUCAUGGCCUUAGAUAGGGCAUAUCCUUAUGAUACUAGUUGGAAAGCUGCCUAUUCUGAUCCAGUUCAACCUUUGGCUGUUGAUAUUGGAUGUGGGAAUGGACUCUUUCUUAUAGGAAUGGCUAAAAGAAGGAAGGAUUGGAAUUUUCUUGGUCUGGAGAUUAAUGAAAAGCUUGUAAAGCGCUGUCUAGAUUCUGUCCAACAACUCGGUAUAAGAAAUGGGCACUUCAUUGCAACAAAUGCUACAUCGACAUUCCGUUCUAUAGUUUCCAGCUACCCUGGAAAGUUAGUUCUUGUGUCCAUACAGUGUCCAAAUCCCGAUUUCAACAAACCAGAACAUAGAUGGAGAAUGCUGCAAAGGUCGUUAAUAGAAGCAGUGGCAGAACUCCUUGUGCCUAACGGAAAGGUCUUUCUGCAGUCAGACAUAGAAUCAGUGUCAGUGAGAAUGAGAGAAGAGUUCUUGAAAUAUGGAAAGGGAAAACUGCUUGUGCAUGAAGAAAGCGGUGAUGAAACUGAUCAAGGAUGGCUUAAGGAGAACCCAUUUGGAGUAAUGUCAGAUUGGGAGCAACAUGUUAUAGAUCGAGAAGCACCAAUGUACAGAUUAAUGCUUUCCAAAUCUGCAACUACUGAUUGGAGUGGCUGAUAAUCUUCUUACUUGGAAGAGGUCGUUUGGGAAGAGAGUCUGUUCCCAUUUGGCUAAGCCAUGUUUUCAUCCGAUCAUAAUCUACCCAUGAGAUGCUCUGCAAUUUUGUGAUCUAAUCACUUUUUUAAUGGGAAAGCUUCAGUUUUGAUUUCUACUAGCCUGGGCUCCACCUAAAGAAUGGACAUGGAUUAUUUUAUUUUAUUUUUUUAAUGUUGGUGGAGAGCCAUUAACAGAUUGGUGGGAAGAGAUUAGUGCUGUGUCUGGAAUCCAUUUGAAAAAGGUAAUGGAAAUGAAUAUGAUAUGAUAAAAAGGCAAUGCUUAAUUGCAGGGAUAUUUCAAUCUAGGCAAUGUUUAUACAGAGAGAGUUGGCAA